AUGAAACGCCCAAUACACUUGCCUCCAUGGGACCUCCUCAUGCUCUCCGUCCACUACAUCCAGAAGGGUCAUCUCUACCAAAAACCCUCCGCCGGCUUGCACAUCGUCGAAUUCCUCCGCGGGUUGAACCAUGCCCUCUCCCUCACACUCUCCCACUUCUACCCACUCGUCGGCUGCCUCGUCACUUCCGAAUGCCCCUACGACGAAGGCUCCUACGUCGUCUCCCUCGAUUGUGUGAACAGACCCGGAGCCCGAUUGAUCCACGCCGUCGCGGAUCUGACCAUCUCCGAUGUCCUUUUUCCGACCUACGUCCAUCGUCGUCGUUCAAUCGUUCUUCGACCAUAA